ACCAUACUGAUGGUAUUCUCAUUCAUCCAUAGACUGACAGAGAGCUCUCAGAUCUUGGUGUCGUGGGUUUAGAGGGCAGGCAACAAAUUAAAUGGGCGAAGGGCGAAAACUAUUGCACAACUCUUGGUCCAAGUGGACAAGCAAGUGUUUAGGUGGUCAAAGUGAACAAGUGAGAAAGACGGAAAGAGAGAAAUCAUUUAUGACUAAUGGAGCCAUCUUAUUAGAGGAUCUGAUUCCUUCUAGUAAUGGAAAAUGUAAUCCCAUUCGCAAUUUCUCUGCUGAGGAGCUCAUCAGAGCAACAAACAACUUCGAUGAAAGUCGCAUUAUUCAAAUUUGUUCAUUAUUUAAACAAAAUCAGAUUAUAGUUGAUGAGCUUGAUGAUACUGAUCGAGUGACUUAUGCUAUGUAUAAGGGUUCUCUAGAUGAUCGCCCAAUCAUUGUUAAGAAGUUCACGGAUUCUCAAGAUGAUCGCCAAAUCAUUGUUAAGAAGUUCACGAAGUUUUCCAGCUGGGAGAGCGAUAAAGUUAGGUCCUUCCCUAUCCGUGACAUUGUCAUAGCAACCCAGAUGAGCAACCAUAAGCAUGUUUUAAAGCUCUUAGGCUGCUGUUUAGAGUUUCCUAUACCGGCUCUUGUGUAUGAAUACGCAGCGAAUGGAGCUCUCAAUGAUCAAGGAGGCUUUGGAGAUGAUGAACUCCUACCUUGGAAGAUCAGGUUGCGGAUUUCUAAGGAGCUUGCUAAUGCACUUACCUAUCUCCACACUGCUCUUCGCAGGCCAGUCAUCCAUAGGGAUAUAAGACCCAGCAGCAUCUUUUUGGACAAAAACUUCGUUCCUAAACUCUGCAACUUCUCAGUCUCAAUAACAAUCCCUCUUCACGAAACUCAUGCACGUGAUGAUUUGGAAGAUACAUUUGGGCACUCUGACCCUGACUCUUUAGCAUCCGGCUUUGUUACAGAGAAAAGUGACGUCUAUAGCUUCGGUGUGCUUUUACUUGUUUUCUUAACAGGGAAAAAAGCUACAGGUACUCUUCGUUUGGAAGGAAAAUAUCAUUCAUUAAUUAGAUAUGUGGAAGAUCAUGUUCAAAAUGAGCAGGUAACUGAAAUUGUGGAUCCAAAUAUUUUGAGGGAGGGAGGGGGAGAUGGGCAAGCGCAGCAAGUGGAAGCUUUUUUAGCACUAGCGUUGGCAUGCACACAAGAGAAAGGUGAAAAAAGGCCUGACAUGAUUGAUGUGGCAAAAGAGCUCAUGCGGAUUGACAAGUCCAUAUGAUCUUUCCUAGUUAGUUCAAUCUGUUCAAAGCUUAUUAUCACGAGUUGUCAUGGUUCAAUUGGUUUGGUUUAGUUUGUUAAUGCCUUUUAGAAUGUGUUUUUAUUUCUUAUUUGAAAAAGUGUUCUGAUGUGACAAGAAGGCUGACAGAUUCAAGCUGGCACCGAUGUCUGUGUAAAAGGAUUUUGUUUCUCGCAUCGUAUUGUUUAUAUAGCCAUGUUCGAUAAUAUACAUCCAAGAAAAUAAGGUGGUUUAGUAAUC